AUGAGGAGUUUCUCGAGUCACGAGAGGCGAUGGGCAUCAGACACCGUGCCGAGCAGGGGAAUCAGCGCUACGUCGUCGCCGGCAGUCUCUGAGGCUGCCUCGUCAGAGGAGUUCGUUGAGGUGACUCUCGACUUCCAGGACGACGACACCGUCAUCCUCCGAAGUGUCGAACCCGCCGUCGCACCCACAGCCUGCUUCGAUAUAGAAGCGGACACCCCGGACCGCAGAGGUCCCCCCUCAGAGUCGGCCUCUGUGGCGUCCGCUUCGCCGUCGAUCGGGCGCAGCUCGUCCCACGGCCGUCUGCGACAGUUCUCGCAGGAGCUCAAGGCGGAGGCCGUGGCCAAGGCGAAGCAACUGUCCCACGACCUCAAGGCCGAGCUCCGAAAGUUCUCCUGGAGCCAUGGGCACGGAUCGAGGGCCACGGGAUCUUCGCUGGCGGCAAGUGCGGGGAUUGCGUCUGCCGUGCCCCUGGACUCGGCGCUGGCUGCGCGAGCGCUGCGCAAGCAAAUGGCGCAGCAGGACCGGGCGCGGUCGGGGGCUCACAAGGCGCUGGGGGGACUUCGGUUCAUCAGCAGCGGCAAGACCAAGGACGUCGACGCGUGGAACGAGGUUCAGGCCAACUUCGACAGGCUGGCCAAGGACAGCUGCCUCUCCCGCUCUGACUUCGCACAGUGCAUUGGUAAGAGAACCACAGAAAAGCUACACCUCGACGAAGAAGCUAUUAGAAUUGUUUACAGGUUCUCAUGGAUUUCAGGGAUGAAGGAGACGAAGGAAUUUGCAUUGGAGCUGUUCGACGCGCUGAAGCGACGGCGGCACCUGGGGGGCGACAAGAUCACCAAGGAGGAGCUCCACGAGUUCUGGUCGCAGAUCACCGAGCAGAGCUUCGACUCCCGGCUGCAGAUCUUCUUUGACAUGUACGGUAACGGUUCCCCAGACCGAGUGAAUCAAACAGUAGAACCGUUUUCUUACUCCAGUUUGACCCCCCGACUUCACCGUCGAUUCCUCACUGCCCUCAAGUUUCUCACCGCCAGAUUCACCUGCUUCUUCACCUGCAGGGUGGACAAGAACUUGGACGGCCGGAUCACCGAGGAGGAGGUUAAGGAGGUACUUCCUUCCCUCAUUAUAGUGCCAUUAUCCGAUCUAUCGGUGACUUGGCAGAGCCUCGAAGCCUUAUAUCUUACGAUGUCUCCGACUAACAAAAUACCAUAACUUGAUGAGUCCUAAACUAAUCUCCGUCAGAUCCCAGUGCCUUCAGUUCUCCCUGCCCUCCUCUUCUAUUUGAUUCGGUGAGAACCAAACCCAACUACCCCCACCUGCCUUAACCCUCGGCAAUCACUUCUUCAUCUCCGCCUCCCCCCCUCUUUCAUGGGCAGUAGAGGACGACGCUUUGACCGUCGAGUAGGGUUUACCGACGCCGGGUUAAUGGAGAACAUAUGACAAAAUGCCUUAUUGGGCGGCCUAGGUUAGUCUUGACAGGAACCUUUUCCUUCCCCAGCUUUAGAAUUGCGUCCGCAUGACGCCGUGGGGCUCGAUUCUCUCCAGCUAAGGGAGGUAGGUGAGGGGUAUUCUAGGAAACCCAUUGUGAAUAUCUCCCUCGUGGCCGUCAUGCUUUCAUGCAAUUGUUACCGCGUCAACGUCGUUUGAUCGACCAGCUAACGCCAGAUCUUUAGUACGAUUUUUCCUAUUCUUCACCUUUCUCUCUUCUUCAGAUCAUUAUGCUGAGUGCGUCCGCCAACAAGUUGUCGAGGCUGAAUGAACAAGCUGAGGAAUAUGCGGCUCUGAUAAUGGAGGAGCUCGACCCCGAGGGGCUAGGCUACAUCGAGGUGGGGACUUUCGUAACUUAAUUCUUCAUAAGUAUAAUAGACGACUGUGCAAAGAAGAUCGUUGAUAACUGGUGCAGUCCACGCGCUUUUGCUUGUCAACUGGAUCCGAUUUAUUCCGGGUUUAUUAGGCCCUGUCUGAACGUACCUCAUGUCUCCCAGCUUUAAGUUUUCUUGCAUACGACCCCUGUCCAAUUAAAUAAAGAGCGUGUACCACCAUAGGAACGUUGAAUACUCGUCGGCUUUCAACUGGAUUCGUCAGCAGAUAGCGUUUACACUCUAUUAUUAUGAGAAUUAUAAUAAUCAAAUAUACGGGAAAUGCGUGACGGUUCAGAAAUUUUCUGUGGCUCAAUGAACCAGGUAGAAAGCGUCGAAAGAAAUUAAAAAACCUUUAGUGGGUGGAGAGUUAGCGUUCAAAAGAUGGUGGGUAUUCCACCGAUGCAUCCCUUCCCCGAAUAAUUGGGUGAUCUGAUCCCUUUCAUAUGUUGGUUCUGGUUCUCGAAAGCUAUCUGGUUCAUACAUAAGGAGACGUUUUAGGCCCGGGUCCUUGUUCCGUUUGUUGUACCCGGGGUUGUCAUCGAAUAUAUUAAGAAGAUGAUACUGAUAGAUAUUCAGCGCGUAGAGAGAGAGAGAGUAAUGGAGAGAGCUGGGUGCGGGUGGCCGCUGAACAAUCUUCUGUUGUGGUGCAGUUGUGGCAGCUGGAAACGCUACUGCUCCAGAAGGACACUUAUUUCAAUUACAGCCAGGCUCUAAGCUACACGAGCCAGGCGCUGAGCCAGAACCUACAGGGUCUGAGGAAGAAAGGGCGUAUCCGGAAGCUGAGUACCAGGGUGGUCUACUACCUCGAGGAUAACUGGAAGCGGCUGUGGGUUCUGGGUCUAUGGAUUGGCAUCAUGGCGGGGCUGUUCCUAUGGAAGUUCUUCCAGUACAGGGACAAGUACGCCUUCAAGGUGAUGGGCUACUGCCUGACCACCGCCAAGGGAGCCGCGGAGACCCUCAAGUUCAACAUGGCCCUCAUCCUCCUCCCCGUCUGCCGGAACCUCAUCACUUGGCUCCGCAACACCAAGCUUGGCCAGUUCAUGCCCUUUGAUGACAAUAUCAACUUUCACAAGGUAAUAUCAACACCAUAAUGCUUUACCACUGUCUCGUGUUUCAAGGCGGAACUGAAGUGUCUGAUUUAGACAUGCAAGCUCAAUGUGUUCAUUUUACUCACUAUCGACCGAAUUCGGGUUGAAUAACCAGAAAGCGUACAUCCCUACUAUACACAUUGCCUGCAUGUAUCAUUUAAUCCGCACAAGGCAGAAUUUUCCAAAUGUUGAUCUUCACUUAAAUAUACUAUACAAGAAUUAUUCCAUGUCUAAUUUAUAAGUAAUUUAGGUGAUCGAUAUGCGUAAUUAAAAAUUUCAUUGCUGAUUAACUUUGAGUUGUACAACCUAAUUUGCUAAUAGUGUCAGAUUGUCUCAUGGUGGAGUUUCAAUGGGCUGCAUACCUUUGAUUUUCACUAGUAUGGUCGUUUAACUGGGUACGUUCCCCCACUGCAGACGGUUGCGGCUGCCAUUGUCGUCGGCAUCAUCCUCCACGCGGGGAAUCACCUUGCCUGUGAUUUCCCACGGCUGAUGGAUGCCUCUGAUGUGGAGUACGCUCCGAUGAAGCAUGAUUUCGGAGAGAUCAAACCGACCUACGCGGAGCUGGUCAGGGGCUGGGAGGGCGUUACCGGAGUACUGAUGGUGAUACUAAUGAUAAUAGCCUUCACGCUGGCCACCCGCUGGUUCCGGUGCAACGUGGUGAAGCUCCCGAGGCCCUUUGACCGCAUCACUGGAUUCAACGCCUUCUGGUACUCUCAUCACCUCUUUGUGUUAGUCUACAUCCUGCUCAUCAUCCACGGCUUGAUGCUCUACCUCGUUCACGAAUGGUAUCGCAGAACGGUGAGAGACCGUCCUCUCCGGCUUGCCCGGCUUCCAUCAUCGUCUUCGGCAUCCUCCUUUCAUCGUAGCUAAGCCCAUCUCUGUUUCCAUCUCAGACAUGGAUGUACCUUUCCGUACCCUUGCUUCUGUACGCCGGGGAAAGGAUCUUGAGAGCCCUCAGAUCAGGUUACUACUCCGUCCGCGUCCUGAAGGUAAGUCCUUCGGGGAAGACCUACCAGUUCAGGACAGGAAUGCCAGGCAGAUUUCUCUUCAACUGACUACAUCCGUACACACGCUCAGGUGACGAUAUAUCCCGGGAACGUUCUGUCCCUCCAUGUGUCAAAGCCUCCGGCCUUUCGCUAUAAGAGCGGACAGUACAUGUUCGUUCAGUGCCCUGCGGUUUCUCCAUUUGAAUGGUCAGUUCAGAAGAUGUUUCUUUAUCCUCACCUUCUAUCCCCCACGCCUGCGCUGCUGCUCCUCUGUUCUUUCUCCUGAUUUUUCCCGCCUGUUCCCGUUUUCCAGGCACCCAUUUUCAAUCACAUCGGCUCCUGGAGAUGAUUACCUUAGUGUCCACAUUAGACAGCUAGGGGACUGGACGCAGGAGCUGAAGCGCGUCUUCUCGGAAGCCUGUCAUGCUCCCGUAGCCGGAAAGAGCGGGCUGCUGAGGGCGGAUGAGACCACCAACAGGUAUAUUUUCUUUUCUUCGUGGACGAUGGAGAGGAGUUUGACCUCAGAGUCUUCCAGUCUUUUUGAUGGUUGAUAUCUCGUAUGUCUCGCGAAUAGACGCAGUUUGCCCAAGCUUCUGAUCGACGGGCCAUACGGAGCGCCGGCUCAGGACUACAGGAAAUACGACGUUCUGCUCCUCGCCGGUCUCGGAAUCGGGGCAACUCCCUUCAUCAGCAUACUGAAGGAUCUGCUCAACAACAUUGUGAAGAUGGAAGAGCAAGCCGUGAGUAGAUCUUCUCGACAAUGGGAGGCCAUUCCCCUAUUCAAUACUCCCAUCCAUCAUCCUCAUUGGACAAGAGGAUUUUCGAGAAAAUAAAUCGCACCCCUGUUUCAGGACUCCAACCCAGACUUCUCCCUGGGCACGGACGUGAGCUCUGGAUCAUCUGGCUCACCGACUGACAGCAGCGUGCACCCAAAACGGAAGAAGAUAUUGAAGACGACGAACGCGUACUUCUACUGGGUGACCCGAGAGCAGAGCUCCUUCGACUGGUUCAAAGGAGUCAUGAACGAGGUCGCGGAGCUCGACCAGAGGGUAAAAAGAUCGCCCUUUUAAUCUCAUGCUCAAUUCGUUCUACGGCAAGAUGAUUCAUGACUGACCAGCUUUCCUAUGAAUUUAUUGGGUCUGCAGGGUGUAAUAGAGAUGCACAACUACCUGACGAGUGUGUACGAAGAGGGAGAUGCUCGGUCAGCCCUCAUCACCAUGGUCCAGGCCCUCAACCACGCUAAGAACGGUGUCGAUGUCGUCUCCGGAACUAGGGUUCGUAAGCAAUUGUCAUCCCUUGGGGGAGCCCUCGACUAAGAGAGAGGCCUCCCUCGACCCCCACAACAGAUCCUUCACCUUCUUCCACAAGCCCGUUCUAAAUCUCCUGCUUUCUGCGAACUGCAGGUCCGGACUCAUUUCGCCAGACCCAACUGGAGGAAGGUCUUCUCGCGGGCAUGCUCUAAACACCCGAACGCUAAGAUCGGUAAGCGAGCACGUUGAGCUCCGAUUAUCGGAGAAAUCUAACAUCGGAAGAGAAAUAAAUAUUCAGCUACUCGGCGUCUUAAUCUCUCGUUUCCUUCUGACGCGCCUGCAGGGGUUUUCUACUGCGGCGCUCCGGUGUUGGCCAAGGAGCUGAGUAAGCUGUGCCAGGAUUUCAACCAGAAGGGCUCCACCAAGUUCGAGUUCCACAAGGAGCAUUUCUGA